AGGAAAGAAUUGAGAACAAAACUGAUUCUUGAUUUAUGUAUUACACUUGUUCCUUUGAUUGAUUAUUGAAGCUUAUUCCAGUACUGCAGGAAUUGUUGGCAACUGACUAAAAUUUCAGUUCAAUCAUGGAUGCAAAAGCUUUGGCAAAAUCUAAAAGGGCUCAUUCAUUACAUCACAGUAAGAAGCAUCACUCAAGUCCUACAUCCAAAGCAACUCCUAGCUCAGCUACAUCCUCCAGUGGUAAGAAGCCAACCAACAAACAAGCAAGAGAUAAACCCUAUCAGUCUCAGAGCUCUAAAGCACUCCCCACAAAUUGGGAUCGGUAUGAAGAAGAAUAUGGUUCUGGCUCUGAAGACUCACCGCAAGUUAGUACCGGUCAGGCAUCUGAUGUUGUUGUACCAAAAAGUAAAGGCGCGGACUAUGCUUACUUAAUUUCUGAGGCCAAGGCUCAAUCCCAAGCAAAUUCUUCUUCCGAAAGCUUUGGCUUGUUUGAUGAUUUUCUGGAUGGAUUCAAUCAAGGAUUAGGUCCAUUGCUUUCUGUCAGAGGGGAACACCUACUGUCAAGGAUAUCAAAUGACGUUUUCCCAUUUGAUGAUAAGGGAACUAGUAGCCAUGAGGCAUCAUUUCUCUCGCUCAAUCUGCACUCUCUUGCAGAACAACUUUCAAAAGCAAACUUAGCUGAAAGGCUUUUCAUAGAACCAGAUCUAUUGCCUCCAGAAAUGUGCACCGAGUUAUAUGCCAACAAUGAGAAAAAUCCUGAUGAGCUUCAGGCUACAGGUAGUACUAAAGCUACAGAAAGCGAAUUUGCUGGACAACCUUCCAGUAUUAUCUCUAAAGAAAAUAGGAACAUCCUUCUGUCUCAAGAAUACAUGUCAUCUAACUCCAGCAGAGUCAGUCAGUUUUCUGUGCCAACUUCUAUAGACCACCGAGUAGAUGACCUCAAAGAAAUCAGUGGAAGCACGUCAGUAAAGUUGACUUCAGGUGUUUCUAUAGAUUCCAGCUCUAAAAAACCAUCAAGAUUUGAGGCUGCAAAAGCAGAAGCAGAGCUUGAUAUGCUUCUUGACUCGUUUGGGGAAACAAAGUUCUUCGACUCCAGUUGGAUGGCAGGGGAGUCCAGUCAGAGAUCGGGUCAAGAAGAAGGUUCAACCUUUCAGUCAGUCUCAGUGGCUGCGCAACAUGUGAGGGAAGGGCCUGAUGCGACCUACUCUGGAAGGAUGGAUGCCGCCCUUGAUGAUAGUCUUGAUGACAUACUAAAAGAUACAUCACAUCUCAUAAAUACGAAAGCAGUAUCACCAUUAAAUGAGGUAAAGGCUGCUUCCAAUGAAGCCCCCACUGCCUCUCAACCUCAUUCCAAGUCUAAAAUUUUGGAUGACUUUGAUUCCUGGUUAGAUACAAUCUAGUCAUUUUUGGAAAGAAAGUUGGCUUCCUGUAAACUUCUUUGUUGCAUUUAGUUUGUAGAAUGAUGUAAAAACUGUGUGUCUAGUGUCGUAUUCAAUUCAAAAUUUGCUUGAUAAACAGUGUCAAUAGCUCACGGUUACCAGUUUCAACUAUUUUUGUAGAGGGACUACAUAAUAGCACCUUUCCAAUAGGAAAAGGACAAUUUUGUGACUUUAUCUAAUUCCUCACCUCA